AUGUUUGUCAUGUUUGUUCUUAUUCGACGAUUUCAUCAUGUAAACAUUCUUUAUUUAACAGUGGCAACAGUGUCAAUAAAAAAACAAGUUUUUACAAUUUAUGUUCCAGUUCCUUGCGUCUUUACUCGUUCAUGUACAUUGGAUGAUAUUUGUACUUCUUGUAAACAAUGUAAUUGUCCAUAUGGAAAAAGAGAAUAUACAAAGAAUGUUUCAAUGAAAAUUAAACCUAUAUCAUCGAUACUUGCUGGAAAUUGCCAAGCACAAAUCGAUAUAGAAACUAAUUUAAGAGGAAAAUGUUGUGUUAUAAUUAAUAAUAUAUCUAUAAAAGCAAAUAAAUGA